ACCGUGAUCGAGUCACAGAUUGCAAAUGUUCGCUCCCAGAACAAUCUCGCUUUCCAGGUGAUACACGGAUUGUGCUUAUUUAGUGGUGGUUCAUCACGCAAAACCAUUGAUCUGCUUUCGCGAUGUGGCCCCUCUCCUGCCUAUGACACGUUACACAACGCUCAUACUACCAUGGCUGACGGCCAAAUUCGGCAUGCACAUCUAGUGGCUCGUGGGCCACAUAUGAUUGGGUGGGAUAACAUCCAAGUA